GAGAUGGUGAUGGAGGAGGACUUUUGACACAACAGGGAAGACAGCAACGCGGCGACGCUUUUUCAUCGAUCGUGAGUCCAGAAUUUGCGAGACUGGCGCAAAUGCGUGCGACCACACAGCAAGACGACGCGGCCGACGCUGGGGAAGAGUGCUGUCAGCUCUCGCAAAUGGAAUCGUUGCUCAAGGACUGCGGAGUGCCUGAGACCGAACUGAGCCGCACCCUAUUCUUGUUUGGUGCAGCUGGGGCAGAAGAUCCGCCAAAUUCAUCAGUAGGCACUGCUGGAAGACGGUUAUUAGCCUUCGUCCAGCAUCGCCUCACUGAGUACUUGGAGAGAACAUCAGAAGAGGAGAAGGACCCUUCUAGACGAGGGACAGGAGUGAGAAGCUUUGCGUUGUUUCUGCGUUCAGAUCUUGAAAAACUGCCGCUCAUCGUGCGCUCCAUCCUUUACUGCACUGCAGUUGCCAGCGGCGACAACUUUGGGCUUACCGAGGACGCGGGCUGCGAUCCUCACGCGUCGGAUGAGCAAAAGGAAAGUG